AUGAGCAACCAAGUUAAUGAUCCGGAAACCAUCGCCAGACAGGCAAGGUUUGAAACCAAAUAUCUGCGGAAACGAUUUCCAUUACGGUCGGCUGGAGCCUCCACUGAUAGAAAGAAAAGUGAUCAAAAUCUUGCAACACCCAGUACUGCUACUACUACUCAACGAACUUGUGGGAGCAAUGAAACUGAAGUGAAAGUGGGUGAAGGACUUGACAAUGCAGCACUUGAACGACUAGCUGUAGAAGAAUUGUUGCAAGAAGCUGCAAGGGCCAAGGCUAGAGCUGAAGUUGGAGGCCCGUCAGAAUGGAGCAAAAAACCAGCGAGGGUUAACAAACGAUUCAUGGUCAACUCCCUACUUCAAACAGAAUCACAAAAUAAAAGAAGAAAGGCUGGAACCCCCAUCACCAAGGAGUAGAAUUUUCUUUUUUUAUUUCUUUCAGAGCUCAAUGAAACUUCAUAAUACAGACAGUGAACAAUUCAA